AGUUCCCGAAAUCCUUUCAAAUUUUGCGCAAAUAAGCAACAACUCCGUUUACUUUAGAAAAUCACGUUUUUCACCUGCAAGGCAAGACUCAUCAAAUCUCGUUGCAAAAGUUUUGAACGCCUCCAAAUCAAAUUAUCCCACAGGUUGGCGACAACAAUUUGAUUUAAAAUAGAAAGACAUUCGAAUUGGUAUUUUUCAAGUAAGCACGACAAGAAUUUUCGUUUUCUGUGAACAAACAACCUUUAGUUUUUUUUUGAAGAGAUCGGGACGGGGUUCAUCACAAAACUUGGGCUCGGAACCCCGGUCCGUUUUCUCUUUCUGAGGCGGGUAGAAAGGGAAAAGUUUACUAGGGCCACAUUAGCAAGCAUACAUCACCACUAUUGUUGAUACAAAUCGAAGUAGAAAGCCUAUAGAACAAGUAGAAAGUUAGCACGAAGGAGCCAUGGCUCAGUGGGGCGGCUUCGGCUGGUGGCCGAAGACGUUUCGGUGUCCCCGCGGUACCAUUCGCGCCGAGGAAGACCCGAACUGGUGUAAGCACCGCGUAUGGGGCUGGUUCCAGGAGCACUCGGAUUACCACGCGGAGGAGGGAUUUCUGUACGAACAUGAGUACACCGACGACGGCGCCAUCGUCGCGCUCAGCAAGGGGAUCGUCGAGUCCGAGGCGAUCAACAUAAACCUCUGUACUUGCUUUUUUCAAUGAGUUUGUUUGUUGACGAUGAACUUAGAAACAUGUAAAUAGCAUGACGAUUUAUUUACGAAAAUAUUCAUCUUGUUGUUGUUCGCACACUUUUUGCGCGCACGCUUGCAUUGACUUUUUCUUUUCCACCAACACUCACAGACGAAUUCUGCUUGGCCUUCGGAAAACCGAUGGAGCUGCGGAGACCCUGCGUGGAAACCUUUCCUGGCGAAAGGAUUGUCCCGGACAAAAACGGGCGAUACAACGGGAUUCGCGUGCCCAAGUCCAUGCGGCGCGACCUGCAACGCAAGCCGGUCGAGAUUGUGCCCUACAUGCAGAACGUCGACAUCGACGAAAAAUCAUUUAUUGUCGAGCUCGGCCCCGAGGCGCUUUCAAGACAAUCCGCAAACCCGAAAAGAAGUGCCAGUUUGAAGGCAGUACCAGGAUCGCCCGCGUCAAAGAUGAAAGCGGCACCCGGUGCCGCGAAUGCGAAGGCGGGCAGUGUACUGGGCGCGAAGGGCAAAGGAAAGCAGGACGAAUGGGCCAACUGGUAUUUGGAUACACUUUUGCGUGGUGCAUUCAACUGUACGGCCUUGAGUGCCAUGUUUUCGUAGAUUUCGAAUUUUGCUAAAAUUGAUUCUGUUGUGUUCCUGCGUCUGCAUCUCUAGGGGAGCAAAGAAACAGUUGAAGAUAGAAAACUCAAAAUCUUACAGGGAUGGUCAAGACUGGGGCUACAGUGCGGAUAAGCCGUGGGAAGCUCUGGGCAUGUCACAGGCCAUGUGGGAGCGCAAUCAGAAGAUUGAGCAGGAACAGCGGGAAAGACAGGAGAAAGCGCGACUUGAGCAGGUACUCCUGAAACUUAUGAUCAAACGUUUCUCUUCUAGUAGGUCUUCCUUCCAGAAUUUUUUUUUGUGCUUUUCGACUUUCCUGUACGCCCGCAUUGUCGUUGUGCAAUUAGCACCAACUACUCGGCGUAAAAGCCACAUUGUCUAUCCAGACUGCAUCAAAUAAAACAGGAGCGUCUCCGUCUGGCCGAGGCUGAGCGACGGCGCAACAGCGUUCCCGGCACUCCCGGCGUUGACAGCGCGAACAAGUCUCCCCCCUCGGACAACCUGGACGGUGUGAACCCGCAGAAUUCGAAGUCCACGCCCCAGAGCAAGAUGCCGGACAUCAAAUCGCUGAAGCAAAUCCUGGAGGAGAAGAAGAAGCGUCACGGCAACGGCACGCUGGUUCCCCAGUCCAGUUCCGCGUCCGGGUCCCCGAAUAACGAUUUGGAUACCACCAACACGACCAUUGAAUCCAAGGCGAGCAAGCAGAGCAUGAUCACUUCGUCCGGCGGCAGCGGAACGGUGAUUAUGGCUUCCUCCUCCACUUCCAGCAGCCUGACCAAGACCUCCACGCGGGGCGGGAACAUCACCGCGUCCAGUGUCAGCAUCAAGGCGUCGUCGAGUUCCUCGACGGCAAUAGCCACCUCAAGUUCAGCACACCAGAAGACCACGAACGCCUCCUACGCAGCCUCGCACGAGACGGCGGAUGCCAUUCCUGGUACUUCUAACAUACGCAUCGUCGCGGCGGGCGCGGACAGCGGCAAGAAAGACGACCCGGGUGUCAACACAGAGUCAACGUCCUACCGCGAGUCCGCGAAGCAGGACAACGCGGGAAGUAGGAAGAAGAAGGACAAAAACAAAAAUCGCGACAAAGACGGCGGGGAAAACAGCAAUAACGCUGUUCAAAGCUCGUCCAAACACCACGGCGGCAAAAGUAGGAGAGAGGAAGUCGUAGAGCCCCUUUCCGACGACGACAAUUUGAGCGACGCGAAUGACAAUAACGAAUCCCCGCUGCAGUCGGAUGACAGCGAGCUGUACGGGACCACUAACGACCGGAAGAAGAAAAGCCGGAAGUCGAGGAAAGUGAAGGACCAUAAAGGCUCGAAGCACGAGACCGGCAAGAAGGAGUUGGAAAAGGGCGGGUCCCUCUCCAGCGACCACCCGGUCCGGAGCAGCAGCACGCGGGAAAACCUGGACUCGGCGGAAAAGGUGUACAAAAAGGACAAAGACCGGGAGCGGGGUCGCAAGAAAGUGGACCGGAAGGAUCGGAAGAAGAAGUCGAAAGAAGCGGCGUUCAACAAGGACAACGACUACAAUUCGCGGUCGGACGACGAAGACAGCAGAAGAUCGCGGUCUGCUGCCCAUGGCGAGAACGAGUCGGAGAACGAGUCGCCCGAGCGGGCGCGGGACAGCACAAGGGAAGACAGGAAAAUGAAAAAGCGGGGCCGGGGGAUCGAGGAAGCGGAAAAGAGAGAAUCGAAAAAGAUGAAAAAGCUGCACGCCGACAAGGAGUUGCGGGACACUGACAUCGUCCACUCGGACGAGGACGACCUCCAGCUAGCCUCCGAGCGAUCGGAAGAGCGGUCCGACGACAGAGACGUCAACUACCGUGGGGGGGCCCGGUCCAGCCAGGACUCCAGCUUUCAGGACCGAAAAGCGGAUCGGAACACGAAGCGAAGCCGCAGAGAGAAAAAAGAGUCGCAUAAGGAGGACCAAGACACCACGAAAUCCUCCAAGCGCGGCACGAAAGCGCUGAAUGCCUUGGGGAGAGGCUCGAAAAACGACGAGGAACUCUACAGUAGCGAGGAGGAUAUUCUGAGGAAAAAUCCCCCCUCCCCAUAUCGAAAAGGUAUGUUUCCGAAAAUUUGUGUUGCUGAUUUGAGGUCACAAAUCACGUCUGUCUUGCAAGAAGACAGGCGCAGAGGCUUCCGCACCAUUAUGGAAGCGAUUUGGCAUGCUGUUGCGCCUAGGGGGCACCCGUUUGCAAUGCUAAGCAACUAGACCUAUACGCCCCUACCUAGGCCGAGGACCUGGCUGCGAUGCCUUACUGCAAGACAAGUCCGAUUUGUGUAGCCAAAUCCUGCAUCACAGAUUUCCAUUUCGAUAUGGGGAGGGGGGAUUUUUCCCUUUGAUAGAGGACAUGAUGAACCCCGGGGACGAAUACGAUUCGAAGCGGCGCACGCGAAUAAACCCUGCCGCUGAUCUCGAGUCCGACAGCAACAGCUCACUCGGUCGCGGAACGUCGUCGAAGAACAAGAAGAGGAACAAGGACAAAAAGCGGUCCAAGCACGAGAACUCGUCCUCGAAAUUGUUGAGCGAGAAGAUCGACAAGAAGAAGUCGAAAAGGGUCAAGAAGGACAACAACAAAUCCGACCGGGCCGUGGAUAACAGCAAGAGGCGGACGAGAGGAGGUGCAGCUGCACCGGCGGACGAAGGCAACCUGCAGUCCGAUAUAGACGAGGACUCCGAGAACGACGGCGCAAAUAACGUCGCGCGGCAGUCAAAGCGGGGCAAGAAGGACCACAAAAAGCACCAGUUGGGCAGCUCGAAGGAAAAUAAACCCUCCAAGUACGCCAACAACAACGAUGUGAGCAUGUCGCCAAAUAACGCAGGCGGUCUCUCCGAGGACGACUUGGACAUAAACGACAAUAGUAAGAUGCGCGGCGACCGGGGCGAUCGGGCAGAAAAGAAGAAGAAAAAGAAGAAGAAAAACAAACACCGCGACAGCAGCGGGGAAGAGGAAAAUAACCGGUCGUUUGAGCGGGAGUCCAAGCACGAGAGCAGGAAGGCGAGGGAGAAGUCCUCCAAGCCGGGCGGACGCCGGCUGUCCGAGGAUCAUCCGGACGGCAUGAGCGACGCAGUAUCCCAGAUGACCGACGAGCGGAGCGACCAGGACAGGAGAAGCGUGCGCGGCCGCAGUCCGCAAAAAUCAAGCAUGUCGGACGACAAGGACAUAGACACCAGGAACAAGGGCUUGAGGCUGGCAAGGUAUAGGGUGGGCUACUAUUUUUUGGUAGACAAUUGUAGUAUAUUUUGAUUUGUCAAGGUCAAGCUCAUGAUCCCCAUGUGAAUUAGAAUGAAUAUUGGGGAACGAGAACGUAAUGUUCAAAAACCCACCCACUGUAAGUCAAUAUCAUAAUCCAAAACAGGAAACCUAUUUCCCCGCCUCCGUCCGAUGACCUCGCGGCCGCUUUCGACAACUAUAACGAGAGCAAGUCCAAGCUCGCCCAGGAGCUGAAGUCACCCACACUUUCGAUCAAACCCCGCGAUCGCUCGACCUUCAACAGCGUGCAACUGAAGAAGAACGAGAAGUCCGGCGAGGAUUUGUACGACAACAGUAUGAACAUUCGAUCCAACCUCGUGCCGGCCGGGCACUCCGGGAACGUGAUGAGCAAUCGUCUGGUCCCCAACGCCAACACGCAGCGACUCCGGUCGGAGCAGGUCGAGGGUGGGAGCAGCAACAUGCACUCGAACGCCAGCUGGAAGAACACCAGCGGGGAUGACGAGGACGACAAAUGGGCGCGCGUACGGGAGACUAACCGCGAGAAAAUCAGCCUCACCACGCGGGAAUCGAGUCGCAGCGAGCCGUUUACGCUGCAGAGCAGCAGUGGGUACGACCGCAGUAACCGCAUGAACCUGCCUACCUCGGUGCUCCAAAAAAACCAGGCCCUGCUCGGAGAGCCCAUGCAGCCCCCGGAGGCGAACGAGACCGGGGUGCGAAAGCGCGGCCGCGGCUUCAACAUCGCCGGGCACCUGAACUCAGUGUCGUUUCGGGGAUGA